AUUGGAGGCACAUAUAGCUAGGACGUGGCUGGUGACGCUGACCCUCAGAGAUGGUGACCACCAGGAGUGAGGCGCAGGCCUCCGGAGCCAGGGAGGAGAUACCUCAUGACCAUCUGUUUAAAGUCACAGGGCUUUCAUCUACGAAUUUAGAAAAAAUGGCGCAAGAGCCGGCGGCGGACUUUGAAACAGCAAUAGCUGCGACAGGGUACGGCGGGUUCAACAUCGCGCUACUGCUGUGUACGCUACCUGCCUUCUGGAGCGCCGUGUCCGUCACCAGCUCCGUGUCUUACAUCUUCACACGCGCCCAGUGCGACAUGAACCUUAGCCUGCUAGACAUGGGCACUGUCAACGCUAUCACCUACGGAGGCAUGAUAUCGUCAGCGCUGGUGUGGGGCUUUCUGUCGGACACGCUGGGCCGCCGACAGAUCCUGGCCUGGGGCUUCUUCUGCUCCGGACUCUUCGAGAUCGCUGCCGCCAUGAGCCAGAACUUCACCAUGCUUUUAAUAACGAGAUUCGCUAGUGGAUUCUUAUUCAACGGUCCGUUUGCUGUGCUGAUCUCCUACAUAGCGGAGUUGCACCGCACGGAGCUGCGCGCGCGCGUCAUCCUGCUAACCAGUCUGUUCUACACCAUCGCCAACACCACGCUGCCGCUGCUCGCUUGGGCCAUGCUUACACACACUUGGGACUUCUAUCUCUUUGGCGGGAGAUUCGUAAUCCAUUCGUGGAAUCUGUUCCUGCUGGCGACAGCGUUAGUGCCGUUGCUGACGGGGCUGGCCUUCCUCUGCCUGCCAGAGAGCCCCAAGUUCCUCAUGUCGCGGGGCCGCAAUGCUGAGGCCCUCGAGGUCUUUAGAAAGAUAUAUAAGAUGAACACAGGGAAAUCUAAGGAACAAUUUCCAGUGACACGACUAGUGGAGGAGAGAUCACAAGAGCAGGGGCGCGGGGUGGCGGCGCUGCGGGGCGGGGCGGCUCAGUUGGCGCCCCUCUUUCGGCCCCCGCACGCACCCUGGCUGUUGCUUAUGUGCGCCAUACACAUCGGUUGUAUGUUCGGGUCCAAUACCAUCCGGCUGUGGUACCCGCAACUGGCAGCCAUGAUAGGGUCCGAGGAGAAUGGCUCGCUGUGCUCGGCGCUGGCGCCAGCACCCGCGGACUCUGGGCCUUGCGCGCCAUUGCAGCCCGACAUGUUAACUUACCUGCAGAGCGCUAUGGUCGGCGCGGGCUCCGUGCUCACCUACAGCAUCGGCGGCGCUCUUGUCAACAGAUGCGGUAAGAAAGUGGUUGCUGGCCUGUGCGGCGUGGUGAGCGCGGGAAUCAUCGCAUUACUACCGGUGCUGGGCUCGGGCGCUGCAGCGGUGGUUGCCAUGGUCACCGCAGCGUUGUCCUUCACCGCCCUCUGCGGGGCCUCACUCUCCAGUAUCAAUGUCGAUCUCUUUCCGACCUCAUUAAGGGUAAUGGCUAUGGCUACAUUCCUGAUGAGCGGUCGCCUGGGCACGAUAGCGGGAACAGUCAUAUUUCCCGCACUCAUAGACUACGGCUGUCUGCCGCCAUUUAUCACAAUAGCUGCGGUUUUAGCAGCGUGCGGUUUUGGAUGCUUCCUUGUCCCAAAUACUACGCUCAAGAAACUGGAGUAAACGCAGAGCGACUACUAUUCGAGUGUAUUUAAC